GUACGCAAUGACUGGAACAUUGAGCACAAAGAGCGACGUGUACAGUUUUGGCGUUGUUCUGUUGGAGCUCCUUACUGGUCGUAAACCAGUCGACCAUACCUUACCUCGUGGACAACAAAGUCUAGUGACAUGGGCAACCCCUAAACUGAGCGAAGACAAGGUGAAGCUAUGUGUUGAUGCAAGACUACUUGGAGAGUACCCCUCCAAAGCUGUUGCCAAGCUAGCUGCGGUGGCUGCCCUGUGCGUGCAGUAUGAGGCAAAUUUUAGACCAAACAUGAGCAUUGUGGUGAAGGCACUUCAACCUCUUCUAAACCAUCCUCGUUCUACUCCACAUAGGAACCCUUAUUGAUCAUCAGGUCUCCAAACCACAUCUCAGCUGCUGCUUCACAAUGAUUAAUCAAAUGUGUAUUCAUUUUGGUUUUGCAUUUAAGUCCCACUUUUGAAGAGUUGUGUAUGUAUUUCUCAAAAUUAUCUGUAUUCUGUUAUGUAAUUUCGAGGUGGGAAGACAAAACCAAAUU